AUGGGUGCUGCAGACCGAGUAACCGUGCCAAGCCCAACAAGUCGCUGCUCAGUGCCUCCCGGCCCAGCGCCAGCGCUUUGGGGCGGAGCCAGGGCCUCGUCUCCCCCGCCCCCGGCGCGCCUCUCUGGCCCCACCCCCUCGCGCCUACGGAACCCCAAGAGAGACAUACAGUUCCCCUCUUCGCCUUUGCCCUGCGUACUGCUCACGCGAGACUUGGACAGGGCAGUGGGGCGGGAAGAGAAUCGGAAACACAACAAACAUGGCGGCGGCAGCGGCUGCGACGGUGACGAAGACAGCGGCGGCGGCGGCGUUGGCGACGGCAGCGGCGUUAAACAAGGCAGUGGGAGUUACUCGGUGCGGUGGUCAGGUGGCAUAACACAUUGUAAACUUCGAAAGAAAAAAGAAGAAAAGGAUAAAGCAAAGAUGGGUGAAAAGAAACCAGAGCCUUUGGACUUCGUGAAAGAUUUCCAGGAAUAUCUGACUCAGCAGACUCAUCAUGUGAACAUGAUUUCUGGCUCAGUUAGUGGGGACAAAGAAGCAGAGGCUCUUCAGGGAGCUGGAACAGACGGUGAUCAGAAUGGACUUGAUCACCCAUCUGUUGAAGUUUCCCUGGAUGAAAACUCAGGAAUGUUAGUAGACGGGUUUGAAAGGACCUUUGAUGGAAAGCUCAAGUGUCGGUACUGCAACUAUGCCAGCAAAGGAACAGCCCGGCUUAUCGAACAUAUUAGAAUCCAUACAGGUGAGAAACCUCAUAGAUGUCACUUAUGUCCAUUCGCAUCUGCUUAUGAGCGUCAUCUGGAAGCCCACAUGCGUUCCCAUACAGGAGAAAAACCAUACAAAUGUGAAUUAUGUUCCUUCCGCUGCAGUGAUCGAAGUAACCUGUCCCAUCAUCGAAGGCGCAAGCAUAAAAUGGUACCAAUUAAAGGUACUAGGUCUUCCUUAAGCAGCAAGAAAAUGUGGGGAGUUUUACAGAAGAAAACAAGCAAUCUGGGCUAUAGCAGAAGAGCAUUAAUCAACUUAAGUCCACCUUCCAUGGUGGUUCAGAAGCCAGACUACCUUAACGAUUUUACCCAUGAAAUCCCAAAUAUCCAGACUGACUCCUAUGAAAGUAUGGCAAAAACCACAUCAGCUGGUGGCCUACCAAGGGACCCCCAAGAACUCAUGGUUGACAACCCUUUAAAUCAGCUCUCAACUCUGGCAGGACAGUUGUCUAGUUUGCCACCGGAAAACCAAAACCCUGCAUCUCCUGAUGUAGUUCCCUGCCCCGAUGAGAAGCCUUUCAUGAUGCAGCAGCCCUCUGCCCAAGCAGUGGUUGCUGCCGUGUCAGCAAGUAUCCCUCAGAGCUCCUCUCCCACAAGCCCUGAACCUCGGCCGUCACAUAGUCAGAGGAACUACAGUCCAGUGGCGGGUCCGAGCAGUGAACCAAGUGCCCACACGAGUACUCCCAGCAUAGGAAACAGCCAGCCGAGCACUCCAGCUCCGACCCUGCCGGUCCAGGACCCGCAGCUUCUGCACCACUGCCAGCACUGUGAUAUGUACUUUGCCGACAAUAUCCUUUACACUAUUCAUAUGGGAUGUCAUGGGUAUGAAAAUCCUUUUCAGUGUAACAUAUGUGGUUGCAAAUGUAAAAACAAGUAUGAUUUUGCCUGUCAUUUUGCAAGGGGACAGCAUAACCAACACUGAUUGAAACUAAUCACAUUAUGCUUUACUUGGUUUUACCAUUUUGUGUUUUAUAGUUUUGUUUAUUGGGUUUUUUUGGGGGGGGGUCAUUCUAAUAAGGUGUCUGCUAAUUUAAAGUCUAUAUAUUUAUAGAAAAGUUUGACAGUGGAAACAAAUUUUUUUUUUCUAUAAAUAUCUGGUCAGGUUCAUUUAUGUAUUAGAGCAGUGAGACACGCCGGAGUCUGUUUUCUUCCUUUCACUUAGACGGUUGAGAACUGGAGUGCAGUCGUAACCCUAACAGGUAUCAUUUAAAUUCCCCGUGCUUGUGGUCCGUAAACACUUCAGAGCUUACUGAUACUUGGUAUUCAACAUACACAUCACAGCUAGAUAUUAUUUCUGCCAUAUUUCAACAUGGUUGAAUUACCGUCUCUUACAAAGUCUGUCAUAAACAGUUGAUUUCAGUGUUUGGUAGAGGAAUUGCCCUUAACCCCGUUCUCUGUCAACAUGCUGUUUUGUUUACAUUGCGGAAUGUUUGCAGUACAUUCCUUUCACCUGAUGAUCACAGAGCUAUUUAGGGUAGCAGAUCCUUUUUUUUUUUCCCCAUAAGGGGAAAUGUAAAACAGGUCAUUCUUUUUAAAUUCAAGUUACAAAAAUAUGAGGUAAAAGUUCUGAAGAGAAAUGAAACCUAAAUGGAAUGGGUUUAAUACUUAAAAUACCUGUUUAUUUAAUUUCUAAUUUAAAUAUGUGUCAAGUUUUCCAUUGGAUUCUUUUUAUUCUGACUUCUUGUAAAAACCACAUGAGAAUGCUAGAAACAUCA